AACAGAUUUGCCAAGCAAACGUGGGUUUCCCUACGUGUCCUUUGUGAACUGGCUUCGCUAUCUUGUUGAGUACGACCAGCUUGAGCACUUAGUCGGGGUGAAAGACUUGGGUGAGAUGAACAAGAUCCUACUGACAUUUUGGGACAAGUUCUCAAAGAUUCACACUGAACAUGUCAUCUCUACAAAGGAUACUGCAUUCCGAAAGAUGUGCAUCCCGGUUCUGCUACAUGGAGAUGAGGGAAGGGGCUUGAAAAAAAAGCAGCUGAUGGUGUUGGCUACACACGGCAUCUUAGGCAAGGGCUGCAGCCAUAGUACGAAUGAUGUUGGGGGUGAAGCUCUCCGUCUCAAUAUGGUUGGAAACACCUGGUUGAACCAUUUCUUGCAAUGUGUCCUCCCGAUCUCUCUCUACAAUGAGACGCCUGAAGCUUUUUUUCACAUGUUGGACUUACAGGCCAAAGAAUACAAACAGCUGUUUGAAGAAGGCUUAGUAGUACAGGGUCGACGGUGCUAUGUUUGCUGUGUGGGUGUGAAGGGCGAUGCCCCAUUUAUUUCGAAAUCUGGGAAAUUCGAACGUGCUUUUACCCGAAGACCUACCCGUGCUUCCAGCAAGAAGGCAGCUGAUGGCAUUUGUCAUUUGUGUCUUGCGGGGAAGGAGAACUAUGAUUUUCCAGUUCCAUUCGAGGAAUACGGGGUGCAGCGGCCUGCAUGGCUUUGGACAGUUGGUUCAGUUUGCCCCUACUCAGAGCCAUCCCCUUUGCUUCAAAUCCCUUUUGAAAUUGGUGGUACUACGGAAGCCCUCUGGUGCUUCGAUUUGUUCCACAAUUUCCACAGUGGUUUGGGAAAGUACUUUGCAAGUUCUGCAGUGUGUAUUUGCCUGGAAUUGGUUCAACUUAGCAUUGAUGAUGCCUUCAACUUCAUCACAGCUGAUUUCAAUUCCUACUGCCGGAGGAACAAAGAGAGUCCAUACCACAAGAGAUUGACGAAAGCGUUGUUUGGGGUGGAGCAGGGUUUUCAGGCUGAAGCAGCCGUGGCGAUCAACGAGUGCCUGGGAGGGCUCUACCGUGAGGGUGUUUUCAUCCCAGCAGCCCGGGCAGAACGCAUUGCGAGACAAGGUUUGCAAUUUUUACGUUGCUACGCUUGGUUGGCUAGGGAAAGCUAUGAAAGACAAAUGAAAAGAUUUCCUUUUGCGCCGAAAGGCCAUUACCUCCAUCAUACAUUUCUUGAAUUAUUGCACCAAAGCAAAAGGUGCGAUCACUGCAUGAAUGCUUUGUGCUUUAGUGUACAAAUGCAAGAGGACUACAUUGGCCGGCCUAGCCGGUUGGCUAGGCGAGUAAGUAGCCGCACUACUUCGUUGCGGGUCAUCCAAAGAACCUUUUUGGCAGUUCGCAACUCGUUGGGAGCUGAAAUUGCUCAAGGUUGGUGA